AUGCAUUUGAGACCAGGAGUCAUUUGCGGGUCUGGAGAAACGCCCGAAGGAAAAGCCACCCGCUUUGCUGCGGCUCUCUCAGGGUUCCUAAGAACCCUCCUUCCUGGAGAUUUAUGGGACAAGAUUCUUCCGAAGAUAGUCGACACCAGCGGCGACGUGCUGUGUUAUGAAUAUGUUGGGUGUUUCUCGGCCACAGACGGGCUGACUGUGCCCGUGUCUUUUCCGAGCAGCCCGGAGACAGUGAACACCCAAUUUCAGUUAUAUUCCCGAAGCAACACGAAAUCGCCGGUUCUCCUGGAUUACAAGCCCGGAUCGGUGGACGAGGCAUUAAAUCAGUUUAAAGAAAGAAAACCGCUUAAAAUAUUUGUGCCUGGCUGGUUGGGCCCCACCUCCCAGCCUCUGCCAGCAAUAAGAGCGCUGCUUGAAAAGGAAGACGUGAAUGUGAUCCUUGUCGACUGGACUGGAGGCUCUUUCAACUUAAACUACAUCCAGGCUGCCGGAGACACUGCCCUCGUGGGGAGACAGAUGUCUCUGCUCGUAAUGAACCUCAUGAGUGUCUUCCCGGACACGGUGAAUGCUUCGGAUGUACAUGCUAUUGGCAACAGUUUAGGAGGCCAAGUUCCAGGGUUCUUCGGAAAGCACUUCAAAAAAUGCACUGGACAGAUGAUAGGGAGAAUCUCAGCUAACGAGCCCGCAGCACCUUUGUUCGAAGACACCGGGGUUUUCGUAUCGUACAAAGACGCAACGUUUGUGGACGCCGUCCACACUACGGGGGGCGCCUCGUACCCCCUCAGAGAGAUUGGCAUGUUUGAACCAAUAGGGCACGUCGACUUCUACCCAAACUACGCCAAGAGGCAGCCAGGCUGUCUCCUGCCCAACUCCCUUUGUGACCAUGGCCACGCAGGCUUCUACUAUGAAGCGUCAAUCACGAACGUCAACUGUCGCUUCACGUCAGUGCCUUGCGCCGGUGGAAUCACCGCCGUCAAGGAAGGGAAUUGUACUCCUGGGACUGGUGGCAACGGAGAACUGGGAUACUACAGCAUCAAUGCCACAGGACGCGGGAUACAGACGCUGAUUACCAAAGCACCACCCGGUUACUGCAUCACCGAGGGUUAG